AUGAGCGCCUUCCUCGGUCUAGUUCCCCAGUAUCCCAGCCCGACCCUGGAACCACCACCACCCUACGGCGGCACAUCUUCCCAACUCCGGCCCCUCCGUCAUCGCCGACCUGCUACUUCUCUCCCCAGCACUUACACCCCCUACCCGCCAGACGCACCAUGUCCGCCCAACCGCACCAUGGUCCAGGGGUUCGAGUGGUAUUGUCCUCCGGAUUUCCAACACUGGCGACGCCUGACCAAAAUUAUCCCCACGCUCGCCCAGCUUGGCAUUACCCAGAUCUGGAUCCCACCCGCUUGUAAGGCCAGCUGGAAGACCGGUAACGGAUAUGACAUCUACGACCUCUACGACCUAGGCGAGUUCGAGCAAAAGGGCUCUCGCAAGACGAAAUGGGGCGGAAAGGAGGAACUCCAGCAAUUAGUAGCCGUCGGAGCUCAAUACGGCGUCUCGGUGCUCUUCGACGCCGUGCUCAACCACAAAGCCGCCGCGGACUUUAAGGAGCCCGUCCUCGCCCGACGCGUGGACCCCAAAGACCGACGAGUAGUGCUAGACAGAAAGCCUACAGAGAUCGAAGCCUGGACCGGUUACGAUUUCCCAGGAAGACAGGGGAUGUACUCCCCGCUCCGCUGGUCGGCGCGACACUUUACGGGAAUUGACUACGACGACCUGCGCAAGGAAAACGCCAUCUGGAAGUUUGAAGGCAAAGAGUGGGCUGAGGACGUAGACGAAGAAAACGGAAACUACGAUUACCUCAUGUUCGCAGAUAUCGACCAUCAGCACCCCGAAGUUAAGCGGGAUCUUUUCCACUGGACAUGGUGGCUCAAAUCCCAACUGCCCCAACUCGGUGGAUUGCGACUCGACGCCAUCAAACACUACUCCUACUCCUUUGUCCGCGAAUUUCUAGCAAACAUCGACCGCCACGUCGCCCCUGGACCCCCUGGGAGCCCAGGAACUUGGUUCAUCGUAGGCGAAUACUGGCGCGAAGAUUCCGAGUUUCUCGCGCGCUACAUCGAAUUCAUGCACCAUCGCUUAUCUCUCUUCGACGUGCAGUUAGUCUCCAACUUCUCCCGCAUCUCUUUAGCCUCCGAACACCUCCAAGCCUCUGCCACCGGUGGUGGUGGUGCUCCCGGGAUCACCUACGGCAGCCGCGACACCGACCUCCGCACAUUAUUCGACGACACCCUCUGCAUCUGGAAACCGCACAACGCCGUCUCCUUUGUCGUAAACCACGACACGCAAAAGGGACAAUCGCUAGAAACGCCGAUAGCGCCCUUUUUCAUACCCCUCGCCUAUUCUCUCAUCUUACUUCGCGCCAACGCCGGUGUGCCCUGCGUGUUUUGGUCCGAUCUCUACGGUUCCUUCGGCGUCACUUCCAAUGACACCCCUGCCUCCGAAGACGCCGCGUCUCCUCGAGAUACGCCCCUACCGGACCCUCAGCACUGGAAGCCACCGAUGUGCGGCGGGCAAGUACUUCCAAAGUUGAUGCUAGCGAGACGGUUGUGGGCGUACGGGACACACCGGGCUGGCGGGGCGGGCGUGGCGUGCGUGAUGGCCAAUUGGUGGGAACAUGCUAGCAAGAGGAUGGACACCGAUGUUUACGGCUUCAACCAGAGGCACCAAGAGCAGGUGUACGAGAGCCAGAGGGGCCCAGCGGUGGAGGAGGAACCAGAGGAUUGGAUGGUUGCUGCGAGGGGGGCGGCGGCCGAGUACUUGGCCAUGACAGGAUCUGAUUAGAUGUGGACGGGAAGGCGACUGGACCUUGAUGCCCUGGCGGUAUGAUAUCUAGGUCGGUCAAAAGAUCACGGCGGUGAUGAACAGGCACUGGUUGCCACAUGGAGAAGUAUCACCUGUGCAUAGAGGUAUGAGACAUAGAUAUAAUGUAAUGCUUAUUACCA